UAUCUCGAGUUGUUGCGGUGUCUAUUAUACUCAACGCAAGCAGAGUGGCGAUUAGCGCGUGCUUGUUUCAAAUCGCCGGCAAGUUUGUGAUCCGCCAUUAAUACUCGCAGCAUAGUCAAGAGAGCUUGUGUUUGCAGUUCAUAGCGGAUUACCUGAUGCGCUGGGUUGUAGUAAAAGUUCCAGCUGUAGUAACGUGGGCGUCGUAGUUAAGUUAAUGGUACUUUUCAUGCUUGUCAGUCGAAGUAGUUUGUUUAGCAGCAAACAUCAUUACGGUCUGUACGUUAAGACAAAACAUUUGGACACUCCUGAGCACUUCCACUGACAGCCCUUCUAAACGCGACAAAAUAAGAGAGAAACAUGCUAUGGCGCGUCACGAAAGGUCAUUUGUGAUACGAAGAAAACGCGAAAGUGAAGGCAAAAUUUUCUCACUUCAAUAUAUACUUCGAAACAACCUUCAUGGGCGACGAAGUUAUGCUUGGCCGCUUAGCAUUCGGCGUUUCGAAGCUUUGUGUUUUGGAGACGUCGUUUGUUGUGCUUGCGUUCGCAAAUGACCGCAUUUUGAGGCGUCUUUUUAAGUGGACGUACGUUGAUAUAUAUUUAAACCGGACGAAUAAAACGUGAUCUCCAGCGUCAUGUACGGUUUCUUGUAACCAUGGCAACACCAUCUGUUCCCUGCUGCUGCUUGGGUUCCUUGCUGUCAGGUGUUGAGCACCAGUAAACCCCGUAAACGUCCUCAUUGGGAUCGGUUGGGUGAUUUCGUUGAGUGUUUCGCGAAUUCACUUUACCAAAUAUCAGCAGUUUUUCUUUUGUAUCGCGUUUCGUUUUUUACUGUGUCGACGUAAUUCACUACGAGAAUUGCCCGUGUGCUCCCGUCAGAUGUCGCGCCGCGGGCAACAAGACUCCUACUCGUCCGUAAGCCUAAUAGUCGUGAGGGCAAGAAGCGUUGGAUACCCCCAAUGUACCGCCGUCACCAGCCCUUCCACCCGUUUUAUUUUUGUUUCGUUCAGUCGGUAAGGCUGCCAGCUUCGAUUGUGUUCACUCAUACUUUACUUUCAGCGAUCUGUUUUUAUAGUCGGGCGUCACACCGCACGAUGAUGGUUUGCGCUCAGUAGGCAGAUCCGUUAUCAUACCGAUGGUGUCGACAAAACCGUGCCGCCGUCGCGAUUGCCACCCCUGCCAGCGCUGUGCGAUAGAGUGCCAGUCAAGUUACGUAUACGAAACUUGUUUCGUUUUCUUUUACAUUCGUUUUCAGUCUAUGCUAUAGCGGUACAGUCAUUGCUUAUGUUGUUUUGGUUUCGAAUUCUCAGUCUUGUUGAGUGAGCAGAGACGAUCACUUGGGUUUGUGGCAUUCGAUGCGCUUGCUCAUCACUUCAGCUCUCCCCCAUUCCCGGUUCGCUUCGAUGGCAGUCGCUACAAGAAUCGUGCAAGUUCGUAUCAAAGCAGUGUGAGACCGAUGGGUGCGUCACCCCUCCAAAUUGCGGCACUCGACUUGGGUCGUCCUUGCAUCUCACGCCACCGACAGUGAUCGAACAUCGACCGCAUGACGUAGAACGAUCGAAGUUUCUAGAAAAGGGUCAAAUGGCGCCUCGCGCGGGCUUUGCCAGUGGCAGUGUUAUGAACUUUGCCGAAAACGCCCACUGCAGCUACGUAAUGCACAAACUUAGACAGCAGCAAGAGAGAGGGCGCUUUUGCGACAUUGUGCUGCACGUGCAAGGCCGCCGGUAUCGGGCACACCGCAGCGUGCUGGCUGCCAGCAGCCCAUACUUUGACUCGAUCCUGCGAAUGCAGAAGGCGGGAGUGGAACACCUCAGCAUCUCCUGCCAUAACCAAGCUGCCUUCCAAUCAUUCCUUCGGUACAUGUACUCUGGCUGUGUCAGCGUUCACCGGGGAAACGUCGCUGAACUCCUGCAGCUGUCGAACCACUUCCUCAUCUUCAAGCUCAAGAACUACUGUGCUGAGUACUUGGAGCACAACCUCAAUCUGGCAAACUGCCUCGCCAUCAGGGAGAUGGCAGAAGCCAACAAUGUUCCUACAUUGCUCAAGGCUGUGGCAAGUUUUGUAAGUGAGAAUGUGGAAGAUGUCCUCAGUGACCCGAGGCUACUGCGGCUUGACAAAGAGCGGUUCGUAGCCUUCAUCUCCGAUAGAAGGCUAUGUCUACCGCAGGGCGCACCGCUGCUGAAUCUAGUGACACGCUGGGUCUCACAUGACCUGGAAGAGCGAGAAGGUUGGCUCCGUCUCCUACUCACAUUUGUUGACUGGGCCGCCGUCGACCAGAACACGCUUUCUCAGUGUCUAAGCCGUGACCCUAUGUUUAAGCUCAGUCGCCGGUGCCUCCAUUUUCUCCUUGAGACGCUAGACUGUAACAUGGUGGAGGCACCCAAGUGCAGUAGUGCAGACAAGCGGGAACAGCUGCGGCUGGAGUUCUCGCACCCACCCGAGAGCGACAUGGAGAGUUUCAUGAACCUUGCCGUCUCUGCAGCCAUCGAAGCUCUGUGCGCGGAGAUGUCGGGGGAGGCACGGGGCUCGCCUGGCGCUGUGAGGUCGGCAGCAGAGGAGGAAGACGAAGAGACGCUGUCGUCAGAUGACUGUGGCGAGCUGCUGGACGAAGAUGACGGCAGUGAAAGUGGGCUGGGGAUGGGCGACGUGAUGCAUCUUCAGCAACAGCAGGCAGCUGUUGAGGACGAGAACAGCACAGAAGGUGAGAGUGACGAGAAACAUCACAUACUGCGGAACCUGUUAGUUGGGAAUGCAGAGGCAGAAGGCGUGAAGACAUCAGAGCCUGAAGCCACUACAGACGACUCGAGCAAUGGACAGACAGGAAAAAUACCAUCCUCCGUUUGGAAAGAAGGUGUCAAGUGUGAUCACUGCAGCUAUGUCAGCUACGGCGCUGCAAGGCUGGAGCAGCACAUCGCCAAGGCACAUGGCAAAGGCAAAACAUACGACUGCCCCCUGUGCACGUUCACGUGCAAGUGGAACCGCGAGUACUACACCCACAUGAAGAACCACUUCAGCAGCGACGGUCAGGGACCCUUCCAGUGCGACUCGUGUGCAUACAAGUGUGAGAGGAUACAGCUGCUGCUCCUGCACCGCAUGAGACACACAGACGAGCGACCGUACCAGUGCGGUGCAUGCAACUACCGGUGCCGGCAGAAGACCAACCUCGUGGCCCACAUGCGCUGUCACACCGGUGAACGUCCGUUUGUGUGCAACCUGUGCGGGCGCGCGUUCGCGCUGAAGUGCACCCUGGAACAACACCUGCAGAGCCACCGCAAUGACCGGCCCUACCUCUGCGACGUGUGUGGCUUCACUGCCAAGUACCAGUCUCACCUGUUGUCCCACCGUCGGCUGCACACCGGAAAUGUCUUCCGCUGCCAGUUUGCGGGUUGCACGUAUGUUUCUCCAAAACGCAGCCAACUGGAAGCCCAUACGCGGACCCACACGGCGGUGCGGUCGCAUGUGUGCGCUGUGUGCGGCCGCGCCUUCAUCGAGCGCAGCCACCUGGUUCGACAUGAGCGGAUACACCUCGAUGACAAGCCGUUCAAGUGUCACCAGUGUGACUACACUAGCUCGCGUCGAGACAAGCUCAAAGAGCACCACGAGAAACAUCACGGUGAAAAUGCCACUGCCAAGGCACCUUACAGGCCACGUAAGACAUCUAGUAAUGUGGGGCAGAUGUUAGUCGACUCGGCACAGCUGAACCUCGAUGACCCCUACGUAUCAACAGACUCUCAGCUAGAUUCAAUGGAUCCCGAAAACCGCUAUCUCGUAGUUCAGAUGCAGGCAUCGGGACUCUCGCUGUCGCAGGUCCAGGCACUUCAGUCACACUCCAGCCUGGAUGACUCGUCUAGUAUGAUGUUUGUGGACCAGCAGAGUUCACUCCUAGAUGCACAACUCGGGGACCUUGGUGUAGACAAUACUGAUGAAAUCUUGUCGGUAACUUUGAAUGAACCUCUGAACUCCUCUUCCGAAAUCAGUGCCACCUCCUCAGAACUCAGUAACGUCAAUUCGUUAAUGCGUUCUUUUAAUUUAAUUUAUGAAAACUGAAACAAACUGGUCAUAAGUCAUUGGGUUGUUUCAUGCAAGUCUGCCGCGUGCAAACAGGGCUGUUUUCAUGUUUUACAAGUGCUUGUAAUUAAUGUCGGUCUCGAGUAGUGUCCGAGUGAGAGAUGUGUACCGUGUUGUGUGUGCAUUUUUGAUCAUGUUUGCAAGGUUCACAGCAUGAAUUUUUAACCACAGUUUGAGAAGUGUGAAUAUAUUCUUUCAUCGUACACAUGUACUAGUUCCUGUAAAAGGCAGCGACAUUCACUUAGACAGCUUUAAUAUAAUGCCGCCUAUUUCUCAUGUGCCAAGCUCUAUGGUGGUCAGUGUACACCCGUACAGCUAGUGGAGCCAACAAACUUGUAUAGUUCCUGCAGUUGUGCUUGGCACUACAGACUUUCCGAGGAUUGUGAGUUGACUGCAGUGCUUUAAUAAAUCCAGCGAUGCUAGUCCCAACUCUCA